AUGAGAUCCGGAGGAAUACAUGAGCGCGCUGCUUACAUGUCCGAUGGGUCCCCCUUCGUGAGGAUUCGUCGCUUCUCAAACAGUUUUUGCUCCCUGAAACCAUUACCUGGAGGAAAAGGAUCGAUUGCUCAUGGCUUUGUGCUCGUCUCGAAUCUUGGGACAUUGCUUUCUCUUCAAACUCUGCGCAGUCGUGAUGGCGAGAGUGCAUUUAAUCGAAUCUACUACCAAGGCGGAGAACGCACAAUGCUCGAGAGAUGUGUUUUGCUUCGCCCAUUAUUGCUUGCGCGACUUAGAGAUCUUCUGAACACUGUAGGAUUCCCUUAA